AUGACACGAUAUACAUUAUGUUCGUUGAAUGCGUCCGCGCAAGGCCACAACCUUUUGGGACAUUAUCCAAAGGGAACCUACAACCUGCAGUUAUUAGAUAAACGCAGGAGCCCUGAGCCAACACCCAUGCCAAGCGUGAACACGCUCCGGCUGCUUCGACGAUAUGGAACAUACUUCCGACACGGUGGUACUUUGCCCGACAUCAAUUUGGUCUCGCUCACUUGGUGGACAGUUGUCGUUCGCUGGAAGAUUGUGUCUUUUCCUCUUGGCCCCGAAAUCGCGAACCUUAACUUCGACGUGGCGGUUGUUGAUGUCUCUAGAUCGAUCAUUAACUGUUGCUCCACCUUGUCGCUAAGUUUGAGGUGGAGUAAUUUCUCUGAUGGACCCGGAGGAGUACUAGUCGGUACAACAGUGCGGUCAGAAAUAAUAGGAGCGACGAUUACUGUGCGACCUGCGAAGACACUGAUCCAAGGAUCAAAGACUAAGCUGUAA